UGGUUGGGCUACGAAAGGCAGAUGAAUUAGCACUUUUAAAAUUUAAUAAAAACAAUACUUGCUUAUUUGCUCACAAAAAAGGUUUAUUCGUUUUGGUUAUACGUUUUAACAGAGUUGCUCAAUUUCAUGAUAAUUGUCAAUUUGAUACUGGACAAUAUAAUUCUUAGCAAUUAUUACUGCGCAGCUGUUAUGAGUGUUUAAAAAGCCGAUGCAUUUCGAAAUGGAUUUGGCCAGUGCUCGUGUUUAUCGAUUUGCCCUGGAGGGGGGCAUCGGAGCUGGAAAGACAAGCCUCUUGCAUCGAAUACGGGAAUUGCGGCCUAUCUGGAGCAUCCAUGAAGAGCCGAUAGAACGCUGGGGUUGCUGGGGACCCGAUGGAAUCGAUUAUCUGAAACAGUUUUACGAUAACAAGUUUGAUAGCAAAAACUCGCGCGAACUGCAAAAAGUGGUGAUUGAUAGUUAUGCGGAGCUGUAUGGCAGUGAACCUCCCGGUGAAAUCCACAUCUACGAAAGGUCGCCUGUGUCGGCUGCACACAUUUUCUCCGUGGUUAAUUCUAAAAUGGGAUACACGAGUGCGCGUGAUCUGCAGAUUAUCCAGGACCAUUGUGACGCCGGUAUCCGCUCUGGUCAUUUGAAGAAAAUGGAUGCUAUGAUUUAUCUGCGCACACCGCCUGAGAUCUGCCGUAAGCGACGACUGGCCCGCUGCGCGCUGUCAGCUGAUGGUGGAGACGGUCUGGAUGAAAACGCGAACGUUCUGGAUCUGGAGUACGAGACGCGCUUGUUUGAAGCGCACGAAGAGUACUUUAACCGCGAUGGUACACUUUCUCGAGGUCACGCGUCAGUGAUGGACGAGACGCAAGAAGAACUGAGUGUGGAAAAGAAGGCUGACUCCGUUAUCCGCUUCAUUGAAUCUAAGCUCUUCCUCAAUGGCCGACCUCCUGCGUCAUCCAGCGAAAGGUCAUGGACAAAAGAGUUUUCUAUGAGCGUGAAGGAACGGUAAUUCGAGUGUCCGAUGGAUGUCCGAGGAACUGGAAAUUGUCCCAUGUUGUACAAAUUAUAUACGGUUUAUGUAAAUUCAAUAGAAAAUAAGUUGUGUACAGUAUAAGGCUGUAAGUAAUCAUAGCAUUCUUUAAUUUUGUUUUGUAAAUUUAACACGGCAGUGGCUCUACUUCUAGCUGUACUGUCGGGCAGAUCUUGUAUAGAAUUUCACUUCGGUUUCCUGGUGCCGGUGGUCUGAUGGGUUAAGCUGGCAUAGUGUUUUGUUAAAAACUUUUUAAUUGAAUAUUGGUGUAUACACGACCGACAACGAUAUUCUUAUGGUUAGACUAUAAUUUUGAACGUUGAUGACUUUCCCAAACUUUCUCUAAUCUGUACUUGUAUUUUCCAGCUUGGUUGGGUAAUCGUACUUGAGUUUGACUUUUUUGACAACAAGUCAAAUAUUAAUUAUCUGAACAUUCCAAACGUAUUUAUCAGUAUCAUUAAAGAAUUAUUUUGAA